CGUGGGAGUUUCAACCCAAAAAGGCCCUGCGGGACAGGAGGCGCCUGCCCCGAACGCCGCCGGGCCCUGGGAGCGGAGAGGAGCCCGGUGCCACGGUCCGCGGAGGCGCUCCCGGAGGAUGUUCCCUGGCUGAAGUUCUCUCCUUAGGUUGGGUCGCUCCCAGACCCGAUAAUGCCAUCUAAUAAAUCAGUCUCGGACGCUCCGAUCUUCCAGUUCACAAACUGCCGUAUCCUGAGGAAUCACGAGCUGCAAAGGGAGGACCUGUGGGUGCGAGAAGGGAAGAUCCUCAACCCAGAGAAACUGUUCUUUGAUGAGAAGGGAUCUGCCGACAUCCAGCUGGACUGCAAGGACAGCAUCAUCGCCCCUGGUUUCAUUGACGUGCAGAUCAAUGGAGGCUUUGGGAUUGAUUUCUCCCUGGCUACAGAUGACUUCAAAUCAGGGAUUGACCUGCUCAGCCAGAAAAUCCUCUCCCAUGGAGUGACCUCAUUCUGUCCCACCGUGGUGACUUCUCCCCCAUCUGUGUACCACCAGAUUCUCCCUCAGAUCAGUAUAAGAAAUGGUGGAGCCCAUGGAGCAGGUAUCCUGGGGGCCCAUCUGGAAGGACCGUUUAUCAGCAAGGAGAAGAAGGGGGCACACCCGGAGCACUGCCUCCGCACCUUUGAGGCAGGUGCCUUCCAAGACUUACUUGCCACCUACGGGACCUUGGACUGUGUCCGGAUAGUCACCCUGGCCCCAGAGAUGAAGAGGAGCAGUGAGGUGAUCCGUGAACUCACCAAGCGGGGCAUCUGUGUCUCGCUCGGUCACUCGGUGGCUAAUCUCUCCCAGGCAGAGGAGGCUGUGCAGCAUGGCGCUACCUUCAUCACUCACCUCUUCAAUGCCAUGUUGCCGUUCCACCAUCGUGACCCUGGGAUCGUGGGGCUGCUGACAAGUGACAAGAUUCCUGCUGGGCGGAGGGUCUUCUAUGGCAUGAUCUCUGAUGGCAUCCACACCAACCCUGCUGCCCUGCGAAUUGCCCACCGAGCACACCCCAAAGGCCUGGUGCUGGUGACGGAUGCUAUCGCUGGUAUGGGGCUGGCACCAGGUCGGCACACGCUGGGCCAGCAGGUAGUGGAGAUCGAUGGGCUGAACACCUACAUUGCAGGCACGAAGACCCUGAGUGGUAGCAUAGCAACCAUGGAUGCAUGUGUGCGACACUUCCUAGAAGCCACAGAAGUUCAGGAGCCUGUUCUGAUCCCCCGGAACUUCCUCCAUCGUGUGUCCUCCGGAGCAAGGCUGCCACAGCUUGCUGACUCAGUGCCGUUGUGGGGCUGUAUUUCUAUGUGGCUGAAUCCUCAGGGCAGAGAUCAAACCCAGGAAAACAAGGCAUUGCUGGCCCUUUGUGCCUUUUCCCCACGUGGGCAUUGAGUCCACAGCCUGUGGUUUCUGCUGGAGACAUGGACAACAUCCUACCACAGAAAGCAGUGUUGCUCUUAACCCUUUGCUCUGGCUAGAUGGAUUCUGCAGGCUCUAGUCUCUACACCCAGCCUUCGUGUCAUCUGGUGGGUUGGUACAUUCUUCAAGCCACAGAUGGGAUGCUUUUGCUUUAGGGGAUGUAUCCAGCCUGGUAUUGACUGUUUCGCAAGCUUGUGGUCCAGCUCAAGGACUAAGGAAAAGAAUCCUGUGGUUCAUAGGGGAGGAGAAUUACAGUAGGAUUCUGGCCUUUCAAGACAGUUGCUGAUAGCUCAUUAUUCACAUGCUCAUUAUUAUCUUCUCCAGCACUUGACUGUCAGCUAAUUUUCUGACACUUGAAAACUUUUUUGAAGACUGAUUGUGACUUUGAACCUACCAUGAUCAAAAAAGCCUUGUGAUAAGUCACGGACUAAGUCUGAGAAGCCGCAAACCAAUUAGAUGAGCCCUGUAAGUGAGCAGAAGGCUUAAACAAAGGCCAAGUCUUAGCCAGUGCAGAGACUGCAAAGCAAGACAGAAGUCUGGUAGGGGUUGGUAGAAGUGUGCAGAUUUUUCCAGUACCUUUUUAUAGCCUUUAACAGCAACAUUUGAAAGUGCUUUCCUAGCAAUUUAAAGCCCUGCUGGAAUGACUGGCAGCCUCGGAGGGUUUCUAACAUCUAUUGCCUAUGUCAGCAGAAACUAUAACCACCAGGACUGAAGUAUUUGAAAGAGACAUCAAAUACUGUGUUAUGAAAUGCAACAUGCUUCUGCAUUACAAACUUCACCAGGGGAAACAUCUGACUGCUUGGUUUUUUUUGUUUUUUUGUUUUUUUUUUAAGGGAGGGGAGUAAAAGAAAUAAAUCCAAGGGGGAAAA